AUCAUCAAUCUAUUCUAACAGUAGUCGCUGGUCGCACAUCAAUUAGAAAAGAAUACUCAACUAUAAUCAUGGCUGAUUUAAAAGACAACCAAAUUAUUGAUCAAGAAUCCGUUUCUGAUCAUCUUGAUCUCCAAGAACACAUCCUUGAAAAGGGUGAAAUUGACCAAUAUCUUUACUUAGACAAACCAUGGUACAAGUACAAGCACUUCCUUAUUUUACAUUGGUUUGUUUUCCUUGUUACUUUAACUUCCACCAACAAUGGUUACGAUGGUUCUAUGUUGAACGGUUUGCAAGUUUUAGAUGAUUGGCAACAUGCUAUGGGUCACCCAACUGGUGCUGUCUUAGGUGCUUUAGCUAACGGUAACACCUUCGGUGGUUUAAUUUCUUUUGGUUUUGCUGCUUGGUUCUCUGAUAAAUUCGGUAGAAAGACUUCUAUUGUUGUCGGUCAAUCUUUCACUAUCUUAGGUGCUAUCUUACAAGGUGCUUCAACUAACUAUGCUUUCUUCAUUUGUGCCAGAAUUAUCUUAGGUGCUGGUUUCGGUCUUUCCACUGUUUCCUCCCCAUCUUUGAUUUCCGAAUUAUCUUAUCCAAAGUUCAGAGAUACCUGUACUGCCUUAUAUAACACCUUCUGGUAUUUCGGUGCUAUUAUUGCUGCUUGGGUUACUUUCGGUACUCAACCAAUUCCAUCUGCUUAUGCUUGGAGAAUUCCAUCUUACUUACAAGGUGCUUUACCAUUAGUUCAAGUCCUUCUUUUCUGGUGGGUUCCAGAAUCCCCAAGAUACUUGAUCUCCAAGGGUAAGGAUGACAAGGCUAGAGAAAUCUUACAUACCUUCCACUGUGGUAAUGACGGUACUGAACAAGCUCACAGAUUAGUUGAAUUCGAAGUUAAGGAAAUUAAGGCUGCUUUAGAAUUAGAAAAAGUCUCCAACAACGCUUCCUACUUUGAUUUUGUUACCAUUCCAACUUUCAGAAGAAGAUUAUUCUUAUUGAUUUUCACUGCCGUUAUUAUGCAAUUAUCUGGUAAUGGUUUAGUCUCAUACUAUCUUAACAAGGUCUUGGAUACCAUUGGUAUUACUGAUGCUAAGAAGCAAUUAGAAAUUAACGGUUGUUUGAUGAUCUAUAACAUGGUUAUCUCUUGGGCUGCUGCUUCUGUCUGUCAAUACUUGAGAAGAAGAACCAUGUUCUUAUCUUGUAUCACUGGUAUGUUAGUCGCUUAUGUUAUUUGGACUAUUUUAUCUGCUAGAUUCGCUCUUGGUGGUUUCACUGAUACCUCCUUAGCUAACGGUGUCUUGGCUAUGAUUUUCCUUUACUACUUGGCUUAUGAUAUUGGUGCUAACGGUUUACCAGUCUUGUACGUUACUGAAAUCUUACCAUACUCCCACAGAGCCAAGGGUCUUAAUGUCUUCUUCUUCUCCCAAAACGUUAUCUUGUUAUACAAUGGUUUCGUUAACCCAAUUGCCAUGGAUGCUAUUGAAUGGAAGUACUACAUUGUCUACUGUUGUAUUUUAGCCGUUGAAUUAGUUUUGGUUUACUUCUUCUACGUCGAAACUUCCGGUUACACCUUGGAAGAAGUUGCUAGAGCUUUCGGUGAUGAUCCUGAAACUACUUUAACUCACCUUUCUUCCGCUCCAGACAAGGCUGCAAUUGAACACGCCGAAAAGUUGGUCUAAGUUAUUAUGUCAUGAUAUUAUUUUAAUUCUUAAUACUUUUUUUUUAUUUGAAGUUGAUGGACUGAUUAGAUACUUUACGGUUUGUAUAGAUUGUUAUUAGCUAAUAGUAUAUGUUUAUGUUUAAGAUGAAACCUUGUAGAUAAUAGAUAACCUGUAAAAUUAAGGAGUUGAAUAAUGUUUGUGUCAUAUUUGGUUUAACCUUCCCAUUUAUUGUUGUAAAACGUUGCCCAGAGGAAUACGAGAGAACAAGUCAGAAAAUAAAUUAACAAUACUCAAUGUUUCAAUACCAGACCAGUAACACAUUUUCUAGUAAGACAACAAACAAAGCUGGUUAAUUAACGAUUU